CCCAAACCCGACCCCCGGGGGGCCAAGGGCACCUUGGAGGGGCAGGGGGAGCGGGGUCGAGCCCCCCCGGACGCCCCCCAACCCGCCGCCGCCCCCCGCCGCCCGCUGCUGGGCCAGGCCAGUUGGGGGGGCCCCGAGGGCCCCCCGGAGGGGGACAGAGCCCCCCCGCCGCCCCCGGUGCCCCCCGCCUCCUCCCCGCACCCCUCCGCCGGCGCCCGCCGCCUCCGCCUGGCCGGCCCCAAACCCCCCAAACCGGGCAGCGCCGGGGGGGCCCGCGGGACCCCCGACCCCCGGGGGAGCAAGACCCCCCCCAAACCCGCCGGCAGCCGCCUCUCGUGGCCCGAGGGCGAGGGCAAGGGGCGCCCCAAGGCGGGGGCCAAGGCCGAGGGGCCCCCCCGGGCCCGGCUGUCCCCCCACAAGGGCAAGAGCAAGACCCUGGACUACAGCGACCUGCAGCCCGGGCCGGGGGCUCUGACCCCCGCGCCCCCCCCCGAGACGGGCUUGAAGCGGGGCCGCGAGGGGGGUCGCGCCUCCACCCGCGACCGAAAGAUGCUCAAGUUCAUCAGCGGCAUCUUCACCAAGAGCCCCGCGGCGACCCCCACCCACCCCGCGCCCCCCUGGGCCCCUCCCUGCGCCGACCCGGCCAGGGCCGCCCCCCCCAAGGCCCUGGUGAACAGCCAGGAGUGGACCCUGGGCCGCUCCGUCCCCGAGAUCCGCCUGGGUGUCCUGGGCAGCAGCAAGAGCGGGAAGUCAGCGCUCGUCCACCGCUUCCUCACCGGCUCCUACGUGGGCCUGGAGCCCACUGAGAGCGGGCAGUUCAAGCGCGAGGUGACGGUGGAUGGGCAGAGCCACCUCCUGCUCAUCCGGGAGGAGGCCGGAGCCCCGGACGCGCAGUUUGCCAACUGGGCGGACGCCGUGAUCCUGGUCUUCAGCCUGGAGAGCGAGAGCAGCUUCGAGGAGGCGUCGCGGCUGCACGAGCUGCUCUGCGGCCUCCGCGGCGCCGGCGACGUGGCCCUGGCGCUGGUGGGCACCCAGGACAAGAUCAGCUCGUCCAGCCCGCGGGCGGUGGAGGACGCACGGGCCCGGGCGCUCUGCGGGGACUCGCGGCGCUGCCUCUACUACGAGACCUGCGCCACGUACGGGCUCAACGUGGACAGGGUGUUCACCGAGGUGGCCCAGAAGGCCGUGGCGCUGAAGAAGCAGCAGCAGCUCGUGGCCUCCUGCAAGUCCCUGCCCAGCUCCCCAAGCCACUCGGCCGCCUCCACCCCUGUGGGGGGGGUCCACCCCAGCCAGGCCAGCAACGGGGGCCACACCAGCGACUACUCGUCCUCUCUGCCCUCCACGCCCAACGUGAGCCACCGGGAGCUGCGCAGCGAGACCCCCGCCCCCCUGGGCACCCCCAGCUCCCUCCACCGCGGGGCCAAGCGCCGCACCAGCCUCUUCGCCACUCGCCGCGGCAGCGACUCGGAGAAGCGCAGCCUGGACAGUCGUGGCGAGGCCACCGGCAGCGGCCGCGCCAUCCCCAUCAAACAGAGCUUCCUGCUCAAGCGCAGCGGCAACUCCCUGAACAAGGAGUGGAAGAAGAAGUACGUGACCCUGUCCAGCAACGGGCUCCUCUUCUACCACCCCACCAUCAACGACUACAUCCACAGCACGCACGGCAAGGAGAUGGACCUGCUCCGCACCACGGUCAAGGUGCCCGGCAAGCGCCCGCCCAGGGCCAUCUCGGCCUGUGGCCCCUCCGCCAGCAUCAACGGGCUGGUGCGGGACCCCGAGCCGGGGGGUGGUGUCCCCUCCGUGGGGCUGAGCCUCCCCCCCGAGCCGGGGCUGAAGGUGGUGGGCAAGGGCGAGCGGUCGCUGCAGCGCUGCGCCUCGGCCUCCAGCGCCAAGCUCAUCCCCUCAGGUCAGUGCCACGGCACCGGCAUGGGCACGGGCACGCCUGGGGGCACGGCCACCUCCCGGGGCACGGGCAGGGACCGGCCUGGGGUGGCCUCGCUGGGCGCGGUGGCUCCUGAGGAGCUCAAGGACCUGCUGGUUGUGGUGGCCCUGGUGGCCACGAUGACCCUGACCCCCCCUUCGAGGCCAUGUCCAGCCCCGGCAGCGCGGGCAGGGACCCCCCCCCCGUCCCCCCUGGUCGACAGGAAGAAGCACCGGCGGAAGAAGCUGAUGACGCCGUCCAAGACCGAGGGCUCGGCGGGGCAGGCGGAAGCCAAGCGCAAAAUGUGGAAAUUAAAAAGCUUUGGUAGUUUAAGAAAUAUUUAUAAAACAGAGGAGGAGAACUUCGAGUUCCUGAUCGUGUCGAGCACGGGGCAGACGUGGCACUUCGAGGCCGGCAGCUUCGAGGAGCGCGACGCGUGGGUGCAGGCCAUCGAGAGCCAGAUCCUGGCCAGCCUGCAGUGCUGCGAGAGCAGCAAGAACAAGGCGCGCAUGGACUCCCAGAGCGAGGCCGUGGCCAUCCAGGCCAUCCGCAACGCCCGAGGGAACUCGCUCUGCGUCGACUGCGGGGCACCCAACCCCACGUGGGCCAGCCUGAACCUGGGCGCCCUGAUCUGCAUCGAGUGCUCGGGCAUCCACCGCAACCUGGGCACGCACGUGUCGCGCGUGCGCUCGCUGGACCUGGACGAUUGGCCGCGGGAGCUGACGCUGGUGCUCACGGCCAUCGGCAACGCCACGGCCAACAGCAUCUGGGAGCAGAACCCGCGCGGCCGCUGCAAACCCACCCACGAGUCCUCACGGGAGGAGCGGGAGUCGUGGAUCCGCGCCAAGUACGAGCAGCGGCUGUUCCUGGCUCCGCUGCCCGCGGCCGAUACCCCCCUGGCCGAGCGGCUGCUCGGGGCCGUGCGGGAGCGGGACCUGCCCGCGGUGCUGCUGCUCCUCGCCCACGGGCACAAGGAGCAGCUGAACGCGCCCUCGGGGGACCCCGAGCGCCGCACGGCCCUGCACGUGGCCUGCGACACCGCCCAGGUGGUCGUCACCCAACUGCUCGUCUGGUACGGGGCCGACGUGCGGGCCCGGGACGGGCACGGCCGCACCGCGCUGUUCUACGCCCGCCGCGCCGGCAGCCGCGAGUGCUCCGACAUCCUCCUGCAGCACGGCUGCCCCGGCGAGGGGCCCGGCAGCCCCCCGACCCCCGGCAGCCCCCCGACCCCCGGCCCCCUGAGCCCCGGCGGCCCCCCGACCCCCGGCCCCCGCCGCCGCAGCAGCUGCGCCAGCGUGGGGGGGCCCUGCGAGCCCCGCUCGGCGCUCGUAUAGCCCCCCCCCGAGGGGCCCGGAGCCCCCCCAGCCCUCGGCCGCGGGGUCACCCCGGUGCCACCCCCCGACGGUGCCCCCG